AUGGGGAAGGAGGAGGGCGUCGGCCGGAGAGGGAGGAGAUGGCGGGGACGCGGACGAGCACCGGAGCUCGGGGAGGAGGCGUCGCCGGAGAUGGAGGCGGCAGGGACGGAGCGCGCGACGGGCGGCGAGCUCGCCGGCGGUGGCGCGGGCCGGAGUGGUCGGGGCAGCGGCGCGGGUCGCCAGCGGAGUGGGGAGGCGCUGGGGCGGAGGCGCGGUCGGGCGGCGGCGCACGCGGGCCGCGGGGGCCGAGCACUGGCCAGGCGGGCCGGCGGCGCGGGCGACGGAGCGGAGCCACGUGGCGGGCGGGGUGGUUGGCUGCAGGCGGCGGCGCGAUUUAUCCGGCGCGGGACGGACACGUUCGGCGGCGGAGAGGGGAAGGGGUAG